AUGGGUAAGAAAAAGGUCCUUGUCGGCUACGGCGUAGAUAUUGAUGCCGUCGCUGGCUGGCUUGGCUCAUACGGAGGUGAAGAUAGCACAAGCGACAUCAGCAGAGGAAUAUGGGCUGGCACAAUUGGAACUCGCCGUCUUCUUAAACUAUUUGAAAAGUACAAUAUUAAAGCGUCAUGGUUUAUACCUGGCCACUCUCUCGAGACAUUUCCCGAGGAAUGUGCUAUGGUGAGAGAUGCUGGCCAUGAGAUUGGCCUCCACGGAUACUCUCACGAAAACCCCGUCGAUAUGACGCUUGAACAACAGCGAGAUGUGCUCGAUAAGACAUACAGGCUUCUUACCGAGUUCUGUGGUAAGCCCCCAAAGGGUAGCGUAGCGCCGUGGUGGGAAACGAGCAAGGAAGGUACUGAAUUGAUGCUCUCUUAUGGGAUUGAAUAUGAUCACUCAAUGUCACAUGAGGAUUGCCAAAUGUAUUGGCUACGCACUGGUGAUACUUGGACAAAGUAUGUUGCAUUACUUCUCCUUGCCUCCAUCAUGAUCGACUAUUCGAAAAAAGCCGAGGAGUGGAUGAAACCCUUAAUCAAGGGUCAACCAACCGGUAUGGUUGAGAUCCCAGGUUCUUGGUAUAUCGACGACCUGCCUCCCAUGAUGUUCAUGAAAAAUUCGGCAAAUUCGCAUGGAUGGGUUAAUCCCAGGGAUGUCGAGGAUAUCUGGCGUGACCAUUUCGAUUAUUUUUAUCGCGAAUAUGACGAAUUUAUCUUCCCAAUGACAAUACACCCUGAUGUAUCAGGGCGGCCGCAUGUACUCCUGAUGCACGAGAGGUUAAUCGAGCACAUCAACAAGCACGAAGGGGUAGAAUGGAUGACGUUUGCCGAGAUGAGUGACUACUUCAAAAGUAAAAACAAGCCGCCGGAGGGUGCUAUGAUGCCUGCUCCCCCUGGAGAAAUACUCACGAAGUCAAAGGAGUGA